UCCCUCACUGAGUGGGAGUGUCAUGCCGAAGUGCGCACAGAGGGAAAAAAAACCCGAGUGUUUAAAACUUUAUUAUUUUUUUUAUUAUUAUGAGUUGUAAAAAGUGCUGACGCGAACAUGGCGAUCUGGACUCGAGCGGACCGGAAUGGACAACUGGACCUGCUGCUGCGGGACCGCUGGGUUCGGGUCACCGCCGAACUCACGCGCGAAACUUUGACUCUGACGGCGGAGGGAGAACCGAGCGGGACCGAGGGCUCGAGCCCUGCAGCCGGGGGACGAGCCGCUGUGGCUAACGGGACCGAGCCGGGGAGCCAGAACCGCACGCAGAGCCCGAACCCAUCCGGUGAACAGAACCACUUCAAACUGUCCGGAAGUAACGGAGCAUCCGGCGAGCACGAGCACAGCCCGCACGGCAAGUUCAUCCGCGACACCGGGGCCAGCUCCUCCGAGUUCGGCAGUCCUGCUUCGAGCUACGGCAGUCCGGGAUCCGGGUUCGGGUCUAGAACCAGUGAGUCCGGCUCACCAUCAUCAUCGGACCCGGUCCGGAGAGUUCGGGUGGUCAAGCAGGAGUCGGGCGGAUUGGGGAUCAGUAUUAAAGGAGGUCGGGAGAACAGGAUGCCCAUCCUCAUUUCCAAGAUUUUCCCCGGACUGGCGGCGGACCAGAGCCGGGCUCUGCGGGUCGGAGACGCCAUACUGUCCGUGAACGGGAGCGACCUCCGGGAAGCCACGCACGACCAGGCGGUGCAGGCGCUGAAGAAGGCCGGGAAGGAGGUGACGCUCGAGGUGAAGUAUAUCCGCGAGGUGACCCCUCUCUUUAAGAAGCCAUCACUUUUAUCGGAGCUGAGCUGGGACGGGAGUGAAGACUCCCCGAAACACAACAUGACCAAAGACAGGAAGAUCAUUCCACUGAAAAUGAGCUUCAUCUGCAGGAACCUCACCAUACCCGACCUGGAGAACAGGUUGUUGGAGCUGCACUCACCUGAUGGUCAGCACUCGGUGGUCCUGCGCUGUAAGGACGCGGCCACAGCACACUCCUGGUUCACCGCCGUCCACGCCAACAUCGCCGCCCUGCUGCCUCACACACUCACACACAUCAACGCCUACCUGAGCGCCUCCAGCACACACACUCAACUUAAACACAUCGGCUGGCUUUCAGAGCAGGUGACUGUGGAUGGUGGGCGUCACCAGUACAGGCCUGUCGUCAUGGCGAUGACUGAGAAGGACAUCCUGCUGUUCGACUCGGUGCCGUGGACACGAGAGAGAUGGAGCACCCCGCUGACCACACACACACUACUGACCACACGACUCGUUCACUCAGGCAGUAGCCGCGGUUCUCCAUCUUUAGGUUCUGAUCUUCUCUUUAUGACUCGGACCGGGUCCAGUCGCGGUGUCGAGUCUCACGUGUUCCGUGUGGAGACACACUGGGACCUGUCGUCAUGGACACGAUCGCUUGUUCAGGGGACACACACCGCCGCUGAGCUCAUCAAAGAGGUGUCCAUAGGGUGUGUGUUGAACAGGGAGGAGGUGUGUUUGGUGCUGCACUAUGAGCGAGGCUUCACUGUGCUGAGAGGAGGAGGAGGAGGAGGUGGAGUUGGAGGCGGAGCUCCUGUAGGUGGCGCUGUGCUCCUUCACUACCCUUACGACAAACUGCGCAACUCGGCAGACGACGCAGUCAGACUCCUGUACCUGGACUUCGGGGGACCCGAGGGGGAACUGGUGUUUGAUCUACACUCCAACCCAAAGCCAGUAGUGUUUGUUCUCCACUCGUUCCUGUCGGCCAAACUCGCACGCAUGGGUCUGAUCACGUGAGACUGAUGGAGAGACGAGACGUGGAGACGGAGACGAAGAGAGACAGAGACGGAGAGAGAGAGAGUGGUGUGAAGUUGUGAAGGGGUGAAUAGAGACCGGGUUCCAUUAAUACUCCUCCUAUUACACACUCAUUUAUCUCACUUAAUAGAGUAUCAUAAUGGAUUAUGUGAAUAUUACUCCAUUCACGUAAAUCUAUAUGCACGUGUGUGUGUGUGUGUGUGUGUGUGUGUGUGUGUGUGUGUGUGUGUGUGUGUGUGUGCAUGGUUCAGGUUAACCACACGUGCCUUUGUGUGUCUAAUCAGAGAUAAACCACUUUGCUAAAUAUGCAAAACUGAAGUAUUAAUCUGUGUGUGUGUGUGUGUGUGUGUGUGUGUGUGUGUGUGUGUAUGUGGAUAUUUGGUUGUUAUGACACAGACUGUUACCGUUUACGUGUGUGUGUAUGUGUGUGUGUGUGUUAUCACUUUCACAUAAUCCUCCUAUUCCUAUAAACCACAUUAAUCUCCUCUGAUUGGCUGUUAGAGCUUAACCAAGCGACCAAUCAGAACGCAGUGUCUUUAUUUCAUUCAUAAAGCGCUUCACAAAAUAUUUAAAAUGAGUUUAAAGAGUUUAAAUGGCAAUUUAAAAAUCUCAACACAAUCCCAUUAAACUGUACGCUGAUUAAUUUCCGGGUUAGACACAGCUGGGUUGUUGUUGUUGUUUGAGGUGUUUAUACAAAAUAAAUCAUUUGUUCCUGAUAUUACUGUAGAGGCUUUAGAGAUUUGCGAUGUACUUAUGCUGCGUUCAUAACCAAGUGGGAACCAGGGAGUGUCUAAGUGCUAGAAGGAAAGAUGUGUUUAAACAUCUCUCAUGCAGAUUAGACUAACUGUCGUUCCCAAAUUGCUCAAAGUACCAAAUCUCUGAUGUUUUAUAAAAUAAGCCGAAUUACAGAUUACAUUUUACCAUUUUGAGCCUGGUUUGUGAUUAUAGCUGACUUCUCUGAAACCUGCCACACACUUUAGUCUGUCACUGAAAAGUUCAUUAGUGUGUUAUAACAGCGAUAAUCACAUCCAGCCUAAAAACAGCUUCCCCUUCACUUCAGUUCCUGUAGACAGCUUACGGUCCGAAUUCCCACGUGUCAUGAACGCAGCACAAACACACCCACAACCGCCACCACCACGACCAUCAUCAUCAUCAUCAUCACCUUAAACGGUUCUUCAGUUGUCUCUCUGGAGAUCCGUGUAAAAGCCAGAUAAACCUUUCGCCUGUAUCAGAGAAAAC